ACUACUAUGGGUUUCUGAAUAGCAGCUUCACAGGAAAUGUUUUGUAUUCAGAUUUUGAUAGAGUUUAACAAAGUGCAUCUUUCACUCUAAGACAGAAUGACGGAAGCAGAUGAAGCAGUUUAUGGUUCGAGUGACUGGUGUCCCUGACGAUCUUCCAGGCCUUCUUUCUGCACCUGUUGCUAUAAAUGUCUUCAGUGGAGGGAAGUUCACAUCCACAGAUGCACUGGGCUGUCUGUACCACUCUCUGCAGUGCUCAGCAAUCAAAGUUGCUGCAGUUCCCGUACCAGGCGGUGAUACAACCAGUCAGAAUGUUCUCAGUGGUGCCUCAGUAGAAGGUCUUGAGGAUUUGGGGAUCCACGCCAAACUUCUUCAGUCGCCUGAGGUGGAAGAGAUGCUGGUGUGCUUUUUUUUUGCCACAAAGCUGGUGUGUACAGUCCGGUGAGAUUAACAGUGUUGUGUAUAACGAGGAACUUGAAACUACUCACCGUCUCAACUGCAGACCCAUCGAUGUUUAUUGGGAUGCGUUUUAUGCUGCUUUUUAGCCGUCAAGGCAAAUUGAGACUCCAGAAGUGGUACACUGUAGUGGUUGAUAAGGAGAAGAAAAAGAUUACAAGGGAACUUGUUCAAAUUGUGCUAAGUCGACAAGGCAAAAUGUGUAGCUUUGUGGAAUGGCGGGAUCUCAAAAUUAUUUAUAAAAGGUUUGCCAGCUUGUAUUUUUGUUGUGCAGUAGAGGAACAAGAUAAUGAACUUCUGACUCUGGAAAUCAUCCAUCGUUAUGUGGAAUUGCUGGAUAAGUAUUUUGGCAAUGUUUGUGAACUAGACAUCAUCUUUAAUUUUGAGAAGGCCUACUUCAUACUGGAUGAAUUUCUAAUCGGAGGGGAGUUGCAGGACACCUCAAAGCACAGUAUACCCAAAGCAGUGGAGGAGGCGGAUAUGUUGCAAGAGGUAAGGCAAAAAAAGAAACAACUGAAUAUUUGCUGUCAUAAAGGCAACAAUUAAUAUACCACAAGGUUU